AUAAACCUACUACAACACAGUUGAUGGAUUUAGAAAAUCAAAAUGGCAGAGACUAUGAUGACCCAACAAAUCCAAAGGUCUAUAAAUACACGAUCAGAGGACUUAAUUACAACCAGAAGAUGCGGAUAUUUUGAACAAGACAAUUUGGAUGUGAUAACAAAACCAAAGUCUACACAAUCAGAGGACCUGUAUAGAAGCCGAAGGUUCGGAUAUGCAGAAGCAACCACUGAAGAACGAAGACCGAGUCCCUUCCUCUCAAACUCGGAGUGCUUACAAGCGCACAAAAGAUACGGAUAUGUUGAAAAGGAUCCACUAGAUGCAGAAGCUCUAGAGCAGGAGAAAACACAGAAAACAUCUCGACCAUUUGGUUUUUCAUUCAAACUAGAUCAGAAUCCAGAAAAAAGUUUGAAUAAUAAUACAGAAAGUAUUCUUCGGGAACGGGAAGAACUGAAAAUCAAAGACGUGGCAUCAAAAGAACCCUUCCAUGUUCGUUUCUACAAGAUGAAACACUUUCAACAUUUCCAAUAUGUUUAUAAUCAAACUGCUGGUUGCCAAUCCCGCUUACAAAAGCUGCAAAAUAACAUGGUUUUGACAACCCAAAUGGCUAAGGACAUGUUCAUCAAAAUCAGGAUCCUUGGAGAGUUUAAAGACGAGGACCUUAACCUAAUAUCAAAAAAAGCAGGAAGAACAAAAUUAACAGAAGGUCAACCCAUAUGGGAAGCAAUGCCUGUUGUUUGCUUUCAAAAUCAUCAUUCAUCCAAAUCAAAAUUAAAGGAAUAUGAUAUCCACCGAAAAAGUGCAUGUCACAAAAUCCUUAUAAAAUCGGACACAUUUUAUGAUGAAACAGACGAAAAUGACGAUACAAUAAUCAACGUUGCCCGAAACAGAACACAUAUUCAAGAGGCAAUUACCUCAUGCUUGGAAGAACCGAUUAAUCAGAUGCUAAAUCAAUGGUUGAAAGAUCUUAAAAGUGCAGAUUCAAGCAAAUCUUCAUCAAGAAUAAUUGCUGAAAUAGAGGCAAUUCGCAAACAGAUGACGUUGGAGGACAAUAGAGAUUCAACUGCUUGUUCUGCUCUACUAUGCGAUGAAACAAUAUCCGCUGUCCCUGAAGAAAUCAAAAACUUUUUAUUUAGAAGGCCCGAUGUAAAUUCUUUUGGAAUAUGGAGAAAUUCGUCGUUUAAAAUCCUUGUCGAAGAAACUGAUGAAACCAUGUUGAGGCGUGAUCUAACUAAAAUGAACCCAACAUUUUUUGAAACAUAUAAAUUAGAAGUUGAAAAACGAAAAAUGUUAGACAGACUGUCUAAUAUGAUGCAAGGAGAUCAAAUUAUGGCAAAGAUACAGAACGAAGAUGGAAACUAUCGAAAAGGAACACUUGGUGGUUUUGUAACAAAGACUGACGAAGAAGAGAAAAAGUUUGCGUUGACUUGCAACCAUAUAUUUCCCGAGGUAGAUGAACCUGCGUAUAACCAAAAUCUUGAAAUCAUCGGAUCCUGCUUGUUUACAACAAGGGAACAAUCCUGCGAUUUUGCGGCGAUCGAAAUAGAGCAGUCAUUUUCAGACAAAUGCGACGUUUAUGUCAAAAGAGAUGACAGAAAGAAAACCAAUGCUCAAGUGUAUGCUGGAAAUAUCGAAAAUAUUGGACUGGUUCAUAAAAUAGGAGCCACAACAGAUGUUACCAAAGGUAACAUUCUUAGUCCCGAAUGGCAUGAAAGGGUUCUCGGUGAGAAUUGGGUGUCCAUUUUUCUUGUACAGGGGAUUGAAGGAAAUUUUUCUGAGGAAGGCGAUAGUGGAUCGCUAGUUUUCUCAAGACCACGAAGUGUGCAACAAAAUAAUGUUGAUGUCAUGGGUAUGGUAUUUUCCAAUAAAUUAACGGUGUAUAAUAAUGAAGAAAACGAACAUGCUGAAAAUGUUCAAGAUGCAGAUAAUAUUUCUGGUUGUUUUCGCAUACAUACAGCUCUUGACCUAUUUAAGAUGAGCCAAGGGGAAGAUUUUGAAGUAAAAUUUCAGGAUGAUCUGUCGUCAUCAUCGCCUUCGUCGUCACUUUCUGAUGAUUCGAACGAAGAACCCAUUUGAAGCAAAUGUUGAAACGCUUCAAAGCUGUUUUGUUAUUUUUGACAUAUAAACACAAUAAAUGCAGCAAAAUUGAUUUAUUAUAUGAUCUCAAGGAGCCAGCUGAUUACUUUGCGUCAUUUAUUGUUACAAGUAUGCUCAGAAAUCCAUUCUGCGAUACCAGAAUCUAACUUUUUUUUCAGACCUUCUAUCAUGCUUAUAUUUUUUGAAAAAGUGAUGUGAACAUGUGAACAUAAUGAUUUUUCAAAAUAUAGAAAACACUGAAGAUAACCGGUCCGGGAAUCAAAAUGUAUUGCGAGUUCUACUUCAUAUGAACAUAUCAGCAAGGCAGCAUCUGUGUUUAGUAUACAUACUUUCAAAAGAUCAAGAGGUGUGAAUGUCGCAAUUAUCAGCAUUGUAAACUGUCAGUAUGACACCUUCUUUAAGACAUUAUGUAAU